UCAGGCGUCCAGUGGUUUUAGAGUGAGGGUACCGCGGUCCCCCGUCCGCGCGUCCCGGGCCCCCCAAUCGGUCUUGUCGAUGUGAAACUGCCCAGGGAUGCCCUCUAUGCUGUUGCCAUCGCCAUUGGUGCGCUCAUCCACCAGCCGCUCGAAGGCAUAGGACGGCUUCUGCCGGAAAGUAAGCUGCUUGAUGCCUCGGAUCUUGAGCAGCGACUUGACACACGCAAUGCCGAACUCACCAGCGGCAUCGCCAUCGCCCAACUCCUCAGGCACUGCACACACACGCAAGCAGCAGUCACCGCAACAAUCGACAGGUAGAAAACAGCUGAUGAAGGCGAUUGGUUGCUGCUCACCUACUACAGUUACAUCCACUUCUGCGAUGGUCGGCAGCUGAUCCGCUAUGUCGCCCCACGUCAGCCCCCCCUCGCCCACACCGUUCACGCACGACGCCUCGAAUUUCUCCAGGUCUCUCUCGCCGCCCACCGCCUGCAGCACCCCCACCGCCUCGGCCUCUGUCGGGUGCGUCUGGGAGAGGUCGAUGCGUUUGACCGCCGGCAUCUUGGUCACCAGCCUUCGGGCAAUCGCGAGCCCCAUUUCGCUGUGGCUCAGGAGAAGUGAUACAGCGGGGAAUGCGUUUUGUGGCAUGCUGUCGAGCACAAGUGGGUCCGGCUGCUCGACUUCCGUCAUCGUCGGGCUCCCAUUCGUCCUGGUCCCUCACCGCCACGCUCGUCGCCUUUGAGAAGGUCAGGCGCUGUGCGAGGGCGAUGGCAGCGGGGCUGGGUGUGUCGAGAGGGGUGGUGAGAUGCUGGGGACGGACGACGAAGGAUGCCUCGGAGGCUUUGACUGCUAGCUGCUGAAUGUGUGUCUGCACGAAGUGGGAAGGGGCCGUGGUGCCGCAGAGCAGCGACAGGUCGAAGUCGAAGUGCUCGUCGGUCUUGAUGUCGACGGGGAUGUCGGGGCUCACACACACGGCACAUGUGAAGGCCUCGAUAGCCGACAGGGCGAGGACAAUGCGGCUGUCGAUGGGCGCUGCGCCCCUUUCCGUGAGCUCAGCACUGAAUUUCUUGAUGGAUCGACAUCCAAGGUCGGCAAGGACGGUCUGCAGGAAGACACACACAACGUCUGGGCACCCUGCCGCUCUUGCGGGUUUGUGUGACUCGUGACACACCUGAAGGCGCUCGAGUCCCUCCAGCCACUCAUCAAUGGUGAUUCUGUCCCACCAUUCCUCAGCUUCAAUGGUGAGUAGGCCGAUGUCCUCCAGCUGUGACAGCGGCCCCGACACCUCCGCCAAUACACUAGCUAAGUCUCCAGGCAGCAGGAUUACAUCCAGCUCCCUCAGACACCGUGACGUCCUCACCCACUGCCUCAGCACCUCUCCAUCGUCCUCUCUGCGACUCUCCACCGUCCCGUCCAU